AGCUCCUAAAUUGUCCAACUGGACACUGCACCUGAGCUACUUAAUGUCUUGCCACGCUAACUUUUAGUAGAUUUUACGCACCAUGACAAUAUCGUUGGUAGCAAAAGACCCGGAACCGUAUAAAUAUCACCACUGGGUGGCGGUAAUGCGCCGUUGAUCGGAAUCGAACACUUGGUGGUGCAAACAUAGAAGAAGAACUGUAGCAGUUUGAGUUGGUGCUAAUUUCUUGAUUUACCUAAAUAUUAUCGCCCAUGUGACUCCAGGUUUAGUGGUCUGCUUGCUUCUUAUUCUGGGCGUCAUGGCGACGCAAAGAGUGCUCCCUCAGAGCAAAGAGACUUUGCUGCAGAACUACAACAAGAGGCUCAAAGAUGACAUCAAGUCCAUCAUGGAUAACUUCACGGAGAUCAUAAAAACAGCAAAGAUCGAGGAGGAGACGCAGGUGUCCCGCCCAACUCAAGCAGAGCAGGACCACUACGAGAUGCACGUCCGAGCAGCCAACAUCGUUCGCGCCGGCGAGUCUCUCAUGAAACUGGUGUCGGAUCUGAAGCAGUUUCUGAUCCUGAACGACUUCCCCUCGGUGAACGACGCCAUCAGCCUCCAGAACCAGCAGCUGCGCACGCUGCAGGAGGAGUGCGACAAAAAGCUGAUGUCGCUGCGGGAUGAGAUCGCUGUCGAUCUGUACGAGCUAGAGGAAGAAUAUUACUCCUCCAGCUGCAGUCAGUGGGACAGCACUGAUCUGCCUCUGUGCGAGGCCUACCGCUGGCGAGACAGCUGGGCCUCCCCAAACAGCAGCUGCAGCUCCACGCACGGCGAUCAAGAGGAACCCGAGGGACCUCUGUCGCAGGAGACAAACGCACAAAACCUCAGCGAACUCGGGGCUGCCUCCAUAGUGAAACCAUGACUGAGGACUUUGGACGUGGACAGAACUCUUGUUCUGUAAAACCAGCAUUUUUUUUUUUUUAGUUUUUGUUUCAUUAAACCUUUUGUUGUGACAUUACGUUAAUCUUAUGUGAAAUUGGAUUAAAAAAUUCAGUUUAUUUUCCAUGUACAGCUUAAAGUGGUUAUUUUAUAGAAUAGUAGCCAUAAAAAGUCAAUCCACAUUAGCAAUUCUUCACAAUAAUAAAAAAUAACUUUAAUAUUUGAACAUUGCAUACUGUUUGACUUAAAUAUUUACACUUAAGAAGCAAACCUAAAAAAAUGAUGACAGGGAUACAGAAAUGUCUAACAUUUUUUGCUAUUUUCAUUUUAAAAAUUAUGCCCAAAAUAAAAGAACACAUCAAUAAUGGUUUUAUCUUUUCAAAAAAAAUUAAAGAAACAUAAGUUAUGUACAUCUAAAUUCAUUUGAGGAAAUUGUUCAGUCUUUCAGCAUGUUAAAGUAAAGUUGACUUGUUUUGAGGGUUUAAAAUUUCAUCUAAACCAAUUAUCCUGUUGACAUUCAAAAAUGUUGCAAAAAAGAUUUGGUUUCAAUGUGAAUUUAUGUGUUUUAGCAUUGAUGUUGAUUUAAAUCUGCAAACACAAAGGAAGGUGCUUACUGACCAAGAUCUAAAUCUGAAGAAGCUGCAAUAAAUGUGAAUUAUCUAAACUAUUAAA